AUGCCUGGUGGCGUUUGCGCUGUGCUCGACUACGAUGUCGAGCUCAUGGCCGACUACGUAGCUGAGAUGGCGACCCGAAUUGUCAUGCCCCAGCGUCAAGUCAACCCGGCAUUCCGCAAGUUCGUUUCGCAAAUUCUGACCUCGACUCGCCUCCCAAGCACUACAAUACUCCUCGGCAUGAAUUACUUGGCCAAGCGCAUCAACAUGAUGCACGCCGCCGGGCAGAACAACCACACCGAGGGACAAGUUUGGCGCAUGCUCACCAUCUCGCUGCUCCUCGGCAGCAAGUUUCUGGACGAUAACACCUUUCAGAACAAAUCUUGGUCGGAAGUGAGCGGAAUUCCGGUUCAGGAACUCAACACUCUGGAAUAUGAGUGGUUAGGCGCCACCCAUUGGUCGCUCUAUGUCAACCUGGACGCGAGCAAGGACUACCAGGCUUGGCUUUCUAACUGGAAGGAGUGGCUAGAGACGAAGCAAAGGCAGCAGCAUGUCAACCGCGAUCGCUUGAACGGUUUGGUGUCGCCCAUCGAGCCUGACAUGUCUCGAACUCGUGCCGACCAGCUCUACUCGGCUUGGCACCGGCAGCAGGUGGCAGAGUACGAACGCCUGUCCAGCAUGAAGCGCACCCAACCCCCCCAAGCGGCUUCAUACCGGCACGAUCCAUCAUCGUGGGCCUAUGCUGUCGGCUCCUGGUCGCAGGCGGCGCCGCUCACGCCGCCCGAUUCGGGCUACGGCACUCCAGAGUACGCCAAUUCGACAGUCCUGGUUAAUUCCAAUUACACGGAGUGGUUCGACGGCGCGCUUCUUGGCAACGGCAAUGCCACUUCGAGACAGUAUCAACAGCCUCCGCCCUACAACGGUUUCCGCCACGGCGGCCACGCUUCCCGCAAUGCCGCCAACUAUGGCAACUACUACAGCUACGGCCACAGUAUCUGGGAGCAUCCGAGUCCCACUGACUGCAGUUGUGGUGGUUGCGCUGGACCGCACCACAAACCGGCCGGCUACUUUGGUGGCCACACCUACAGGCAGGCUGUUGUUGGCUAA